AACUAAAAGUCGACCAAAACAACAUUGAUCCCCUGUCCAAACAAUCCUGAAUAUCCCAAUUUUCUUUCAACAUGUUCAAACGGUUAAUAUGUGGAAAUUUCCAUCAUCACCUCAAAGACAAUGAUAUUGAUGAAACUAAUUUGUUGAGUCCAUGCUCAACUACCAAAAAAACCAAGAGGAAGUUCUUGUCAAGAACCAAAAAAAAGAUAAACCCAUAUGCUAACAGGGGCCUUGAUAAGUUUUCUGCACUUUUGGCUGAUCUGGAGGAAAAGAAACAAAAUAUUUACACCCAAAUGGGCCUGGACGAUGAUCUCCCCUUGGUUCGUUUUGUUUUUUCUAAUUCCAAUGAAUGCAAGACCAUUGUAAUUGUCAAGAAAAAACAAACCACAAGUGAUGCUCAAAAUACACACAACAAUUCAAAGGAAAUAGCAAAUGAAGAUCAAGAACCUAUCGCAGAAUCCAAGAGAACGUUAAAGAAGAAUUAUUCUUUGAGGAAGCCUCAACAUAAGAACUUGCUAAUGACAAUGAUAUUGAUAUUGAUUUUGUUAGCUAUUUAUGGAAGGUCUUUUGCAAUAUUGUGUACUUCAAUUGGGUGGUACUUAGUUCCCUCCUUUAGACGGAUCUCAAGCUCAAAGCACAAUUUUAAGACCAAAAAGGAAGGAGGAAUAUGAACGCCAAAACUUUUACAUCAAUUUUUAUCACCAGUGGAUAAGUUAAGAUCAUUGUAAGUUAAUUUUCUUGUACAUUCUUUUGUCCCUCUUCUGAAUUUUCACUUUUUUUUCUAAACUAAAGAUUGUAAUUCUUUUAUUAAUAUGUACAUGUUGUUGUUACUCUUUGACUUGUUCUUUUCUUCUAUGUAAAUCUUGACUAAGUUAUGCUGCUUGUAUAAUAUAUUGUAGUAAGACUACUUGUGU